UCUUUUUAUACUUAGUUAUCAAUAAUUUGCUCGAUAAUGAUUACUUGAUUGUAGACUUUUCAAAAUAUGCCAACUUGAAUUCACCGAUUGAUCAUUUCUGCUCUGCAAGUCUGCUUUUCAUUUCACCUCCGCCACCAUUGCAAACCCAAUUAGCGACCACUGCCUUCUUUUUCCUUUUGCUGUUUUUUAAUUGCUGUUUUUUUUUUUUUAGAAAGAAAAGAAUGUGGCAGAAUCUUUUCUCUUCAACAUAGCUGAAACUGUUCUUCACAAGUUAAUAUCUAAAGUUGUUGACGAGAUUAGCUUAGCAUAGAAUGUCAACGAAGACUUAAAGAAGCUCCAAGACACCUUGUCCACCAUUAAAGCUGUGCUCUUGGAUGCAGAGGAGCAACAGGGAAAGGAAAACAGUGAGCUUACUGCUUGGUUAUCCAAACUUAAAGAAGCUUGUUUUGAUGCGGAGGAUAUUAUUGAUGAUUUUGUCUAUGAAGACUAAUAACAAACUUGUGUUCCAUUUAAAGAUUGGGCAUAAAAUGAAAGAUAUUAGAGAGAGAUUUGAUGAAAUUGCUGCUUUGAAGAAUAAGUUUCAUUUAAAAGAAAGAUUUGUAGAUGAGAAAGUUGAAUAUAGGAGGAGAGAGAUGACUCACUCCUUUGUUCAAGCUUCAGAUGUUAUUGGGAGAGAUUUUGACAGAGAUAAAAUUAUCGAGUAUUUGUUGCAUUAUAGUGAGAAAGAAAAUCUUUCAGUUGUUCCUAUAAUUGGAAUUGGUGGCCAAGGGAAGACGACAUUAGCUAAAAUGGUGUAUAAUGAUGAAAGGGUAGACAAGAAUUUUCAAUUGAAGAUGUGGGUUUGUGUGUCUCAGGAAUUUGAUGUUACUAGGUUGGCUAAGGAGAUUACUAGUUCUGCUACGGAGAUUACUAGUUCUGCUACUGGUAGGAGUUAUGGUGAUCUGACAAUGGAUCAAUUGCAAGCACGAUUGCGGAGGAGUUUAGGUGGUAGAAAGUUUUUGCUUGUUUUAGAUGAUGUUUGGAAUGAAAAUCUGGUUAAAUGGGUUGAAUUGAGAGGUUUGUUGGAGGGUUGUGCUUUGGGAAGUAAAAUUAUUGUAACUACAAGGAGUUCAAGAGUUGCUUCUGUUGUAGGCAAUGAUUUUGCAUACAAUUUGCCUGGUCUUUCCCAUAAGGAUUGUUUGUCUUUGUUUUGGAAAUGGGCAUUUAAUCCAGGACAAGAGAAGCAAUAUCUGAAUCUCAGAGAUAUUGGGAAUGAGAUUGUAAAGAAAUGUGGAGGGGUUCCUUUAGCAGUGAGAACAUUAGGAAGUCUACUUUAUUCAUCAACCGAAGAAAAAACUUGGGUGUCCAUCAGAGACAAUGAGAUAUGGAAAUUACAACAUCAAGAAAAUGACAUCCUACCGGUGCUGAAGUUGAGCUAUGAUCACAUGCCAUCUUACUUGAAACGAUGUUUUGCUUAUUGUUCCCUCUUUCCCAAAAAUUAUGUGUUGUACAGUUUUGAAUUGAUUUUUCCCAAAAAAUUAUGUUGUUUUGCUCAACUGGAAGAGAAUGGGUUGCGUUUUGUGAAAGAACUGUGGUCGAGAUCUUUUCUCCAAGAUAUUGAGGAUCAUGGUUUCUUUUUUACCUGCAAAAUGCAUGAUCUUGUACAUGAUCUAGCUGUAUCAGUUGCGCAAAGUGAGUGCUCAACUGUAAACUUUCUCACCCCAUCGGUCGACGAAAAGGUCCGUCAUUUAUCCUUUUCAGGCAGUAAUUUGCCAAGUCAACAGGUUCCUAAGUUCUUACACAAGUUAAAGAAGGUGAGAACUAUAUUUUUCCCAGUUAGGGGGAUGGGGCCUAGUAGCAGAACAUUUGUUGACACCUGUAUGUCAAGAUUCAAGCACUUACGAGUGCUUAAUCUUAGCGAUUCAUGCUUUGAGACAUUGCCAAAUUCAAUUGGUACUUUGAAGAAUUUGAGAUAUCUUGACCUUUAUAGGAAUCGGGAGCUUCGAAAACUCCCUAAUUCCAUUUGCAGGCUGCAGAAUUUGCAGACCUUAAGACUUGAAGAAUGUGAGAAGCUUGAAGAAAUUCCUAGAGAUAUCAAGCACAUGACUGGCCUCAGGUUUUUGGAGAUAACUACAAAACAGACUUCCUUACCAGAAAACGGUAUAGGAUGUCUCAGUUCUCUAAGAUAUCUGUCUUUGUUUGAAUGUGGAAAUUUGGAAAAAUUGUUUGAUGAUAUGCAGGCUCUGACAUCCCUUCGAACAUUGGUUAUAACUUCUUGUGGGAGUCUAGCAUCCUUACCUCGCGGUAUAAGGAAUCUAUCUGCAUUAGAGACUUUGGUGAUUGGAGACUGUGGAAAGCUUAAUUUGAUGGAAAUGGAAAAUACUGAAGAUUUCAAUCUGAGCCUUAGUUCAUUAGUCCUCGGAGAAUUACCGCAGUUGGAGACAUUACCUCAGUGGCUUCAAAGCUCUGCAAGCAAUUUACAAUAUAUGUAUAUCGAUGAUUGUCCUAACUUCACAGCAUUACCAGACUGGCUGCAAAAUCUAACAUCACUUAAAAGGCUUGAGAUUAUAAGAUGUCCUGAAUUGUUUUCUUUGCCAGAGGGGAUGCAUUGUCUUGCUUCCUUGAGAGAACUGAGAAUUGGACUUUGUCCUGAACUGUGUGAAAGAUGUAAUCCAGAAACAGGAGAUGAUUGGUCUAAGAUAGCCCAUGUUCCUGAUGUUUUCCUUAAUGGCAUCAAGAUUAAAGCAACUGCUAACUAGACUUAGACAUCUAGCAAAACUCUCAAGCUCCAAAAAUUCAGUCUUGGUGGCUUUGCUUGUACUUUGUGGUUUUACCAAGAAAAGUUUGAUCUCUAAACAAAAGAGAAAAACAAGAAAAAGGAUUCCUGCGAGUGCCUCCAGCCAAGCUUAGUGAAAUUGGGUUGUGUUGAUAUGAAGUUUUGAUUAUUUCUGAUUUGAUUUUGCAGUUUUCCCCACUGCUGUAACUCAUUUGAUUUGCUGUAAUGCAAUAUGUUAUUUCUAGUUGCCUUGCAACUUGAGACAUAGAGCAUGUAAAACAAUUUGUAUGAACAUUGUCCUAAUCAAGUUGCAAGGUAUAAAGUUAAAAAUAAUACUUUCUGCUGCUUCUCUUUAUCCUUGUA